AUGCCAUCAGUCGCCCCUGCAAAGGCAAGGCUGGGAGACGGGCUGGUGCAAGAUGAGAGCUCACAGUCAGAUGCAGUCUCAGUCUCAACAGAUGCAGGCUCAGAUUCAGACUCACUAGACAGUGUGAGCCCUAGGAAGCGACGCCGCGCCUCCCCACCCAAUGCUUCUGAUGAUGAGGGACCCAAGAUCAUCAAGUCUUCAUUCAAUGUGCCCUCCCGCAUCAAACGCACCAAGCUCCAACCCGAAAACAAGGCCGAGGCCGCCCGGUCUCUCGAAUCUAGGCCCGACCCAGCGGCCGCAUCACGGGUCACGGCCCCUACCGAUGCCAAUACCACGUUCGACUCGCUCGGCGUCCGGCCAUGGCUAGUACAGUCGCUGGCCAACAUGGCCAUCAAGCGGCCGACAGCAAUUCAGAGGGAGAGCAUUCCCAUGCUGCUGAAGGGAAGAGACUGCAUCGGCGGGAGCAGAACUGGCUCCGGCAAGACGGUGGCUUUCACCGUCCCCAUUCUCCAGAAGUGGGCUGAAAACCCUUCCGCCAUCUUCGGAGUGAUCCUGACCCCAACUCGCGAGCUUGCUCUCCAGAUAUAUGAGCAAGUCAAGGCUAUAUCUUCGCCACACUCCUUCAAAGCCAUUCUGGUUACGGGUGGUUCGGAUAUGCGGCCACAGGCCAUCGCCCUGGCCCAGCGGCCGCACCUUGUCAUCGCCACUCCAGGCCGCCUAGCCGACCAUAUCCGAACAUCGGGCGAAGACACGAUAUGCGGGCUCAAGCGGGUCCGCUUUGUUGUCCUCGACGAAGCCGACAGGCUGCUGGCAGCAAACGGUCCUGGGAGUAUGCUCCCAGACGUGGAGGAGUGUCUGGGUGCGCUGCCGCCCCCGGCCGAGCGGCAGACGCUUCUCUUCACGGCGACCAUCACUCCUGAGGUCAUGGCACUGAAGAGCAUGCCCCGGCAGCCCGGGCGGGAACCGGUCUUUGUUUGUGAGGUUGACACGGAGAAGCUGGCCAUCCCAACGACGCUGAACCAGAUGCAUCUCCAAGUGCCCGUCACGCACCGUGAGCACUAUCUGCACAUGUUGCUGCUCACGCCGGCCAACGUCGACAAGUCCAUCAUCAUCUUCUGCAACCGUACAUCGACGGCCGACUUUCUGCACCACCUCCUCCGCCUGCUCGAGCACCGCGUGACGGCACUGCAUUCCAAGCUGCCUCAGCGCCAGAGGAUAGACAACCUCGGCCGCUUCCGUGCCUCGGCCGCGCGAAUCUUGGUGGCAACCGACGUUGCCGCCAGAGGUCUGGAUAUUCCUGAGGUCAAACUAGUCAUCAAUUACGACAUCCCCCGCGACCCAGACGAUUACAUUCACCGCGUGGGUCGUACGGCGCGUGCAGGCCGCAAGGGAGACGCCAUCACUUUUGUGGGGCAGCGAGACGUCGACCUCGUGCUGGCUAUCGAACAGCGUGUGGGCAGGCAGAUGGAGGCUUGGGCGGAGGAGGGAGUCAACCUGGAGGCACGAGUCCUGAGAGACGCAUUGAAACUGGUCGGAGAGAAGAAGCGGGAAGCGUUAUUGGAGGUGGAAGAACAGAGGGAAGUAGGAGGGAAGAGGAAGAGGGGAAAGCAGAAGCUCAGGGUGUGA